AUGUUUGAUCCGAUCGAAUCAGAACUGCGACAAGUACAACAAGUACCUCAACUACCUCAACUACGACCACAACGACGACAACAACAACAACGACGACAACAACAACAACGACGACCACAACGACGACCACCACAACAACAACUACCACCACAACGACAACAACAACAACAACAACAACAACUACUACGACGACUUCUACAACUUCCACGACAACAACAACCACCACCCCAAAUAACUUUGAAAGCAUUAACUAAUACUACGGAACAUUCACGUCGAUAUAUGCAAACCAUGCGUAAUAGCACACAAGAUUCAGCAAUGAUGAUAUGUUACAGAGAAAGCCUGUCGAAUUUAGAAAAAUUCCAUGGGGGUGAAGAACAAAAAAUUUUAAAAUUCAUCAGCAACAUUGAACGAAUUGGGAAAAUGAUCAGUGCACCGGAUGAAAUUUUACUCUGUAUGUGUACCGCAAAAUUAGAUGGUGAAGCAAAACGUUGGUAUGAAGAUAAUAUGUCAUUAACCCAUUGGGAAACUUUAAAAUCGUCAUUAUUAGAAAGAUACACAACAUCGGAUUCAUCAUCAAAAAUAUUUGAACAAUUAAAAGAACGUCAACAAAAGUUAGAUGAAACGAUUACAUCAUAUUAUGAUGCUGUCAUUAAAUUAUGUCGUGAAUAUGAUUCAGCUAUGUCACAGAAGAUGAUGAUAUCAUGGUUACAAAAUGGAAUUAAAGAUUCAUUAAAAACUCAUAUUAAACGACAGAUGCAGUUAUUACCAGAAUCAGCACGAACAGCUCAAGCAUUUCUAAAAAUUGCAAAAGAUGAACAGGAAUUACAAGAAGAAAAUUCAACUGAACAAGAAUCAACACAACCUUAUUUGCCAUUCAUUGCAAACAAAGUAUCAACAACAUCAAAGAAAAUUCAAAGUAACUCCGAUGAAACAACAACAUCUCAAUAUUCUCCACCACGACAGACAACAUAUGAACACACCAAACAAUAUUCACCAUCACCGAUAAAUCAUAACUCAUCACGAUCGAAAUCAGAUGGUCGUGAUUUUUGCUCACAGCAACGAUCCAUUCCUCGCCGGCUAGAACCACAUCAUACUGUAACGUAUUAUACACGACGAGAGCAACAACCAAAUAGACAACCAUCUCAUCCAUCGACACAACCAGAUUCACAACAUCGUCCAUGUUCUAUAUGCCAACGUAUUAAUCAUCGAACCAAUGCUUAUUUUCUACUAGCUGAAACCCGCGAUGGUGGUCAUUCCAGUAACAAACAAAAUCCAUCCAGAAUAAAUUAUACAUCAUCAACAUUACCAACACCUAUUUAUAUAAACUUUCAAGUAAAUAAUAAACAACAUGAAGCAAUCAUCGAUACUGGAUCUGCAGUCACCAUUAUUAAUCAUAAAUUAUUAAAAAAGAUUUAUCACAAGAACUUUAUUUACAAAAGUAAAUUACACAAAUCAGCUAAUUGUUCAUCAAGUAAUAUUAUUGGUGAAAUUGAACUUGAAAUUAAAAUACAAGGACACAAAACAUAUAUAUUAGCAGAUGUUGCAACUAAUCUUAUUACUGACUUAUUACUUGGAAACGAUUGGAUCUAUGCAAACAAUAUUAUUAUCGAUUCACCACAACAACACAUUUUUCUUAUGAACGAGAACAGAAAAGUUAUACUAUCAACACCAUUUAUUAAACCAAAGCAACUUCGAUUACCUGUUCUAUUAACAGAAGAAAUUACCCUUCCAUCAAAGUCUGAAAAAUGCAUUAACAAUAAAAUAUUAUCAUCGAUGAACAAAACAUCAGAAGCAUUAUUUGAACCAACCACAAACUUACAUUCGAAAGCGAUUUUCUUAAUAAAUGCAUUAAUUAAAGUAGAAGGAAACAGAAGUCGAAUUAUGAUUAUUAAUGCAAAUGAUCGUCAAAAGACAUUAUCAAAAAAUACAAUAUUAGGACAUAUUUCAUAUCGAUCCGAAACAAACAAUUACCUUAUUCUACCAGAAGUAUCACAAGUUAAUAAUAAACGUUUAAUGUCUACAGAGAUAUUUUUUCGUAAGAGGGACAGCCAUUUACGGGAUCGUUCCUGCGUAUUUGCAACACAUAGGAAAGUCCCAUCUCGGGGCUUAACCUGUCGAAUGAACAACCAUUAUGAAGAACAACUUCAAUGUUAUGUAUAUCAAGAACAAUUUUUAUCACGCAAUGAUCUACAACAGCAUUUACGCCAGAAAUGUUAUCCAUCAGAAAUACGAACACAGAUUGAACAAUUAACUCGACAUAUUGAAGAUACAGAACAACGAGAACAAUUACAACAGAUAUUAUGA